CUUCAGCAGCAAUGGCAAGAACCAAGCAGACCGCUCGUAAAUCUACUGGAGGCAAAGCCCCAAGGAAGCAGCUCGCUACUAAAGCCGCCCGUAAGAGCGCCCCGGCCACCGGUGGAGUGAAGAAGCCUCAUCGUUACAGGCCCGGCACCGUGGCUCUGAGAGAGAUCCGCCGUUAUCAGAAAUCAACCGAGCUGCUGAUCCGCAAACUUCCCUUCCAGCGUCUGGUGAGAGAAAUCGCUCAGGACUUCAAGACGGAUCUGCGCUUCCAGAGCUCUGCUGUCAUGGCCCUGCAGGAGUCCAGUGAGGCUUACUUGGUCGGUCUGUUUGAGGACACCAACCUGUGCGCCAUCCACGCCAAGAGAGUCACCAUCAUGCCCAAAGACAUCCAGCUGGCCCGCCGUAUCCGCGGAGAGCGCGCAUAAACCUGUG